GUCACAUGACUACAAAAUGGCUGCAGUGCGGCAGAUUUGGAAAAAAUAUUUACAAAUAUUUACCUGAUCAAUAGUCAUUGACAAUGCUUAUUAAUUACAUGGACAUGAUCAAAAUAUUAACAUUUGUCUGACAUCGACACGAAAAUUUAGAACUCAGCAACCGAGGAAAUACAAAGAUGGUGCAAGAAAUUGAGAACUUUUAUGGAGUGUAUUUACUUUAUAAUGUCAAUCCAAAGUUUAAAGGACGUACAUACAUAGGAUUCACAGUAAAUCCAAAUAGGAGAAUUCAACAACACAAUAAAGGUCGGCAUGCAGGAGGGGCAUGGAGAACACAUGGAAGAGGUCCAUGGGAAAUGGUUUUGAUUAUCCAUGGUUUUCCAAAUGAAAUAUCUGCUCUAAGAUUUGAAUGGGCCUGGCAACAUCCUGACAAAUCAAGAAGACUUCGACAUGUUCUUGGAAAAAAGAAAAAGGAAACAUCAUUCCUUUUUCGGUUCAGAGUUGUGUCAGAAAUGUUACGAAGUGGACCCUGGAAUAGACUUGCGCUAACAAUCAGAUGGUUAAAACAGGAAUAUGUUACAGAUUUUGCUCCUGACAGUAAACCACCAGUUCACAUGCCAAUAGCCUAUGGUUUAGUGAAGGUCAAAAAGGUUGGACCUGAUACAGGGAGGAGUAAGAAGGGAGGCAAUCCAGAAAAAGAAACAGUAGAUGAUGAUUUAGUUAAUCUUUCACAAUGUGGUAACAAGCACCCAAGAUGUAGUGUAUGUAAUAAAAGAAUUCAGGCAGAAGACCAUACAUUAAAAUGUGUUCAUCCAAAAUGUCAGAUGGUAUCCCACAUGUUAUGUUUAGCCAAUAAAUUUCUGUCAGACAAAGGAACAAAGACAGAAGUCUUACCAGUCGAUGGUACCUGUCCCAAAUGUAAGGGUGCUGUGUUGUGGGGGGAUUUAGUGAGGCUCAAGACGGGAUGUUAUCAGAAUUUAGAAGAGUGUGGAAGCUCUGAUGACGAAGAGAAUGACGAUCAUUGGGCCAAUGAACUACAAACUCAAGUCAAAUAACUGCCUUUAUUUCAUGCCACGUGUUCCUAACAGGAUUAAGAUCAUUGUAGUUUAUUAGAAUAAAGUUCCUAACAGUAUAUUAUUACAAUAUACUGUGACGUAUAGGAGUAGAGAAGUGAGGAGUUGAAUGGAUUUUGCUUGAAGUACGACAUGAAAACAGUUCAAUGUUAGAAUCAAACAUUUAAGGACAUAAGAAUAGAUUUUAAAAAUGAAUUUAGACUUAUUUGAAACACUAACAUAUGUUGUUUCAAUAUGGAUUAACCACAUAUUUGCAGUAACAUGUUUUACAUUACAAAUUUGAUAUAAAAAUUCAUUUAACAACAGUUAGUGUUUAAACGUCUUAUUGAUAUAUUAAGAAUUGACAGAAACAUGUUAUAUUUUAAGAAUGCUAGAUUAAUCUAGAUGUAUUAAAAGUGAAGUCAUAUGAUGUUCAGCCUUU